GCCGCCGCAGUCUGGCAUUAGUCGCCACGGUAACGCGCACAGGAAAGUGUCUCACUAUGAGCGCCCGGGUCACGCGAGUCGCGUGGGCCCGGGGCUGGGGCGCCCGCUGCUAUGGCGGCGCCUCGAGCUUUCCAGUGCCCCCGCCAGGGGCCGUGGAUGUGGCGGAGCUGCUGCGGGACGCAACCGCGGCGGCGGAGGGGCCGUCGGCGGCGCGGGCGCGGCGGCCGCCCGGCCAGGGCACGGUGCUGCUGUUCCCCGGCCAGGGCAGCCAGGUGGUGGGCAUGGGCCGCGGGCUGCUGGGCUUCCCGCGCGUGCGCGAGCUCUACGCCGCCGCGCGCCACGUGCUGGGCUACGACCUGCUGGAGCUGAGCCUGCACGGGCCGCAGGAGGACCUGGACCGCACCGUCCACUGCCAGCCCGCCGUCUUCGUGGCUUCGCUGGCCGCCGUGGAGAAACUCAAUCACCUGCAGCCGGCGGUGAUUGAGAACUGUGUCGCGGCCGCCGGAUUCAGUGUGGGGGAAUUCGCAGCCCUCGUCUUUGCUGGAGCCAUGGAGUUUGCUGAAGGGCUGUACGCCGUGAAGGUCCGCGCUGAGGCCAUGCAGGUGGCGUCGGAAGCCACCCCCAGCGGCAUGCUGUCUGUGCUCGGCCAGCCUCAGUCCAAGUUUGCCUCUGCCUGUCUGGACGCCCGGGAACACUGCAGGUCCUUGGGCAUCGAGGAUCCGGUGUGCGAGGUGUCCAACUAUCUCUUCCCGCACUGCAGGGUCGUCUCCGGACACCUAGAGGCCCUGCAGUUCCUCCGGCAGAACUCUUCCAAGUACCACUUCCGGCGCACCAAGAUGCUGCCGGUGAGCGGCGGCUUCCACACCCGCCUCAUGGAGCCGGCCGUGGAGCCCCUGGCGCAGGCUCUGAAGGCCAUCGACAUCAAGCGGCCGCUGGUCUCCGUGCACGCCAACGUGAACGGGAACAGGUACAUGCACCCCCAGCACAUCCGGAAGCUGCUGGGGCAGCAGCUGGUGUCCCCGGUGAAGUGGGAGCAGACCAUGCAUGCCAUCUACGAGCGCAGGAAGGGCACCGCUUUCCCCAGGACGUGGGAGGUCGGCCCUGGGCAGCAGCUGGGCAGCAUCCUCCGGAGCUGUAACCUGCAGGCCUGGAAGUCCUACGACCAUGUGGACGUGCUGCAGUCAGUCGAGGCCCCAGACGAGGCCCUGGACCCCGAGGAUUCUCUGAGAGAAAGGUCAGGUGCUGGGGACGAGGCCAGCACGCUGGUUCUGUGGAGCUGGCCGCACUGCGGGCGGUGGCCUUGCUGCAGCCUGGCCAGGGCCUCAGCUCCUCCGUCCCUGUCUCUGUGAGGCCUCAGCAGCCAGCCUGCUCCCCGACAGCUGGAAGACCGAGUCCUGCGACCCUUGUGCGUCUAGGAAGCCUGUCACGUGCCUGCUGUGUGCAGACAGGUGGCAGGGAGGGCCCGGGGCUCGAUGGAGUGCACGGGUGGGACGCCCAGGUGUCGUGUCCCACGCCCCACCACUCUGGUGCUGAACACGAGCCUUUGUGAGCAGCCUGA